AUGGCGGCUCCUUUAGGCCGGACGUGGAGGCGAGCCCCACGUCUGUUGUCAGCGCGCUAUCGGCGGCAGGGAAGUCGUGGGAAAGCCGGACACAGCUGUGUCCAGGCUGAGGGCCCAGGGCGGCUCAGCCCGGCCACCAGCGUCUGCAAACAACGCGAAACACGCCCAAAGCGGCUCCGGGCACACGCGUGGCUGCUGCUGGGGGCGGUGACUGUGGGCUUCCUGGCCCGGAGCGCCUCGGCGGGUGUGAAGAAGUUUGAUGUGCCCUGUGGAGGCCGAGACUGCAGUGGGGGCUGCCAGUGCUACCCUGAGAAAGGCGGACGUGGUCAGCCCGGACCAGUGGGCCCCCAGGGCUACAACGGCCCCCCGGGGCUGCAAGGCUUCCCGGGACUGCAGGGCCGCAAAGGUGACAAGGGUGAGCGAGGCGCUCCAGGAAUAACCGGACCCAAAGGAGACGUGGGAGCGAGAGGCGUUUCUGGAUUCCCUGGUGCCGAUGGAAUUCCCGGACAUCCAGGGCAAGGUGGGCCCCGGGGAAGGCCCGGCUACGAUGGCUGCAACGGGACCCGGGGAGACGCAGGCCCACAGGGGCCUCCCGGCUCUGGGGGCUUCUCCGGCCCUCCUGGACCCCAAGGACCCAAAGGACAGAAAGGCGAGCCUUACGCACUGUCUAGAGAAGACCGCGACAAAUACAGGGGUGAACCUGGGGAGCCUGGACUGGUUGGUUUCCAGGGGCCGCCCGGCCACCCUGGGCCUGUGGGACAGAUGGGUCCAGUUGGAGCCCCAGGAAGACCCGGACCACCCGGACCCCCUGGGCCAAAAGGACAGCCAGGCAACAGAGGACUUGGUUUUUAUGGAGAAAAGGGUGAAAAGGGGGACAUGGGCCAGCCAGGACCCAAUGGGAUUCCAUCGGACACUAUCCAUCCCAUCAUCGGGCCCACGAAGACCACCAUCCACCUGGAUCACUAUAAGGGUGAAAAAGGAAGCGAGGGGGAGCCAGGAAUCAAGGGCUUCCCCUUGAAAGGCGAAGAGGGUAUCAUGGGCUUUCCGGGAGCCAGGGGGCCCCCCGGCUUCGAUGGUGAAAAAGGCUCACCUGGACAGAAGGGAAGCAGAGGCCUGGACGGUUAUCAAGGCUCUGAUGGGCCCAGAGGACCCAAGGGAGAAGCGGGGGACCCAGGACCCCCCGGACCGCCCGCCUACUCCCCGCAUCCUUCCCUAGCAAAAGGCACCAGAGGUGACCCAGGAUUCCCAGGGGGUCACGGGGAGCCAGGAAGCCGGGGCGAGCCAGGAGACCAGGGUCCACCAGGCCCCCCUGGCUUGUCCAUCGGAGACACAGAUGAGAAGAGAGGCCUCCCAGGCGAGAUGGGACCCAAAGGCUUCAGAGGAGAUGUGGGCGUCCCCGCGCGCUACCCCGGCCCACCCGGAGCUGACGGAAAGCCAGGCCUCCGAGGACUCCCCGGACCCGCCGGGCAACCUGGACCGGAUGGUUUCCUGUUUGGCCUCAAAGGGUCAGAAGGAGGAGUAGGCUUCCCCGGGCCUUCUGGGUCCCCUGGGGCCCGAGGACACAAGGGCUGGAAAGGUGACGCUGGAGACUGCAGGUGCGCCGAGGGUGACCAGUUCAUCAGCAGGGUCCCGGGACUGCCGGGACCCAAGGGCUUUCCGGGUGUCAACGGGGAGCCGGGGAGGAAAGGGGACCAAGGAGACCCCGGCCAGCACGGCAUCCCUGGGUUCUCAGGGUUCAAGGGAGCUCCUGGCAGCACUGGCCCGCCCGGGCCCAAAGGAGCCAAGGGAGAUUCUAGAACCAUCACGACCAAAGGUGAGAGAGGACAGCCCGGCAUCCCAGGUGUGCCCGGGGUGAAAGGCGAAGACGGCGUCCCUGGACGUGUUGGGCUCGACGGAUUCCCGGGCCUCACAGGGCCUCCUGGUGAUGGUAUCCAAGGCCCCCCAGGGGACCGGGGCUAUCCCGGUGCACCCGGAACGAAGGGCCUUCCAGGAGAGAUGGGUCCCCCAGGACUGGGCUUGCCGGGCCCCAAAGGCCAGCGCGGUCACCCCGGAGAUGCCGGCUCACGUGGACCACCAGGCUUCCCCGGCCCUCCCGGCCUCCCGGGAGCCCCAGGACAAAUAGACUGUGACACCGGCGUGAAGAGGCCCAUUGGAGGUGACAGACAGGAGACUGUCCCACCAGGCUGUGUCGGAGGGCCCAAGGGAUUGCCAGGCCUGCCAGGACCCCCGGGCCUCACAGGUGCCAAAGGCCCCAGAGGGGUGCCAGGAUUCUUGGGAGCGGAUGGAACACCGGGACUCAAGGGCCUCCCGGGAGAUCCCGGUCGUGAAGGAUUCCCAGGACCCCCAGGCUUCAUCGGACCCCGAGGAUCCAAAGGCACAGUGGGCCUCCCUGGCCCAGACGGAUCCCAGGGUUCCGCUGGCCUGCCAGGGCCAGCCGGGCCUCCCGGGGACAGGGGGCUUCCUGGUAAAGUCCUGGGUGCCCAGCCCGGGCCCCGGGGAGACGCUGGCCUGCCUGGCCACCCCGGGCUGAAAGGCAUUCCCGGAGAAAGAGGCCCACCCGGAUUCAGAGGAAGCCAAGGGAUGCCGGGAAUGCCGGGACUGAAGGGCCAGCUGGGCUUCCCGGGGCCUUCAGGCCAGCCAGGACUACCUGGGCCUCCAGGACAACACGGAUUUCCAGGAGGCCCUGGCCCAGAGGGACCCUUGGGGCUGACAGGUGCCCCAGGCCUUGGAGGUCUGCCUGGGGACAGAGGGGAGCCCGGGGACACAGGCGUCCCCGGCCCUGUGGGCAUGAAAGGCGUCUCUGGUGACAGAGGAGAUGCUGGCAUGUCAGGAGAGCAAGGCCAUCGAGGGAACCCUGGAUUUAAAGGAAUGCUUGGGAUGCCUGGCACCCCUGGGCUGAAAGGAGACAGAGGCUCCCCGGGGAUGGACGGUUUCCAAGGCAUGCCUGGACUGCAAGGACGACCCGGCUUUGGAGGAAGCAAAGGAGAGGCUGGAUUUUUUGGAAUUCCUGGUCUGAAGGGUUUGGCUGGUGAGCCGGGUGUCAAAGGCAGCCGAGGGGAGCCCGGCCUCCCAGGACCUCCCCCCGUCAUCCUGCCCGGAAUGAAAGACGUCAAAGGGGAGAAGGGCGAUGAGGGCCCGAUGGGGCUGAAAGGCUACCUGGGCUUGAAAGGUCUCCAAGGAAUGCCAGGGAUCCCUGGGCUAUCGGGCGUCCCUGGGCUGCCUGGGAGGCCCGGCUACGUCAAAGGAGUCAAGGGAGACAUCGGAGUCCCCGGUGUGCCAGGUUUGCCAGGAUUCCCUGGAGUGGCUGGCCCUCCCGGAAUUAUAGGAUUCCCGGGGUUCACAGGAAGCCGGGGUGAGAAGGGUGCUCUGGGCAGAGAGGGCCUGUAUGGCGAGACCGGCCCUGCUGGAGACUUCGGUGACAUCGGGGACGCGGUAAAUUUACCAGGAAGGACAGGCCUGAAGGGAGACCGGGGCGGCACUGGAGUACCAGGUCUAAAGGGAUUCUUUGGAGAAAAGGGCUCAGAGGGCAACAUCGGCUUCCCCGGGAUACCAGGUGUGACCGGAGUCCAGGGCCCUCCAGGACUUAAAGGACAGACAGGCUUUCCAGGACUGACCGGGCUGCAGGGGCCACAAGGAGACCCAGGGAGGGUCGGACGUCCUGGCGACAAAGGAACCCACGGCUGGCCAGGGGUGCCAGGCUUGCCAGGCUUCCCGGGGAUCCGAGGCAUCGGCGGACUCGAUGGCUUACCUGGCACCAAAGGCUUCCCAGGACCCCCAGGCACUGACGUCCACGGAGACCCAGGCUUCUCAGGCUCUCCCGGAGACAGGGGUGACCCCGGAGAGGCCAACACUUUUCCAGGCCCUGUGGGCACCCCGGGACAGAAAGGCGAGCAGGGAGCUCCAGGGCAACGAGGCCGGGCCGGGAAUCCAGGGCUUCAGGGCUUCCCCGGCAUCACGCCUCCUUCCAACAUCUCUGGAAUCCCUGGUGACAAAGGCGCUCCAGGGAUAUUUGGCCCGAAAGGUUACCAGGGCCCCCCGGGGCAACCAGGGCCAGCCGCUCUUCCCGGAAGCAAAGGAGACGCGGGCAGCCCAGGGACUCCCGGAGCCCCGGGGACCAAAGGAUGGGUUGGAGACCCCGGGUCCCAGGGCCGGCCCGGUGUGUUCGGGCUCCCGGGCGAGAAAGGGCCCAGGGGGGAGCAAGGGCUCAUGGGAAACACCGGGGCCACCGGGACUGUGGGUGACAGAGGCCCCAAGGGACCCAAAGGAGACCGAGGAUUCCCCGGUGCCUCCGGCUCUGUGGGCGCCCCCGGCAUUGCAGGAAUCCCCCAGAAGAUCGCCGCCCUACCCGGGACAGCAGGUCCCCGGGGAAGGGGCGGACCUCCCGGGGCGCCGGGGGAGAUGGGGCCACAGGGCCCCCCCGGAGAGCCAGGUUUCCGCGGGGCUCCGGGGAAGGCCGGGCCGCAGGGAAGAGGCGGCGUGUCUGCUGUUCCUGGCUUCCGGGGAGGCCAAGGGCCCCUGGGCCACCAGGGGCCAAUCGGCCAGGAAGGUGAGCCGGGCCGUCCAGGGAGCCCGGGCCUGCCGGGCAUGCCCGGCCGCAGCGUCAGCAUCGGCUACCUGCUGGUCAAGCACAGCCAGACAGACCAGGAGCCCAUGUGCCCCGUGGGCAUGAACAAGCUCUGGAGCGGGUACAGCCUGCUGUACUUCGAAGGCCAGGAGAAGGCCCACAACCAGGACCUGGGGCUGGCGGGCUCCUGCCUGGCCCGGUUCAGCACCAUGCCCUUCCUGUACUGCAACCCCGGGGACGUCUGCUACUACGCCAGCCGCAACGACAAGUCCUACUGGCUGUCCACCACCGCCCCGCUGCCCAUGAUGCCGGUGGCCGAGGACAACAUCAAGCCCUACAUCAGUCGCUGCUCUGUGUGCGAGGCCCCAGCCGUCGCCAUCGCCGUCCACAGCCAAGACGUCUCCAUCCCCCACUGCCCGGCUGGGUGGCGCAGUCUGUGGAUUGGGUAUUCCUUCCUCAUGCACACCGCAGCAGGGGACGAGGGCGGCGGCCAGUCGCUGGUGUCGCCGGGCAGCUGUCUGGAGGACUUCCGCGCCACGCCCUUCAUCGAGUGCAACGGUGGCCGGGGGACCUGCCACUACUACGCCAACAAGUACAGCUUCUGGCUGACCACCAUCCCCGAGCAGAGCUUUCAGGGCUCACCCUCGGCCGACACGCUCAAGGCCGGCCUCAUCCGCACGCACAUCAGCCGCUGCCAGGUGUGCAUGAAGAACCUGUGAGCCGGCCGAGGCCAGUCUCCUGCCCAGGCCUCGCCCGAGGGUCCACUGUGGUGCUUACUCUUAACUUAUUACCUCAGACGCCAACCCACACGUCGAGUCUCAUGUUUUCUUCCAAAGAAACAAGCCUACCAAAGGAAGCCGGCACCGGCGCGCACACCUGUGGCCACCUGUCACCACAUCUGAGCUGGCCACUCAGGAUCUGCCGCGGGCGACGCCCACCACCUAGGACGCCCUGUCCUCGCCGCUAGCAACCAUGACCAGCCCACCGUGUGCCGCCAGCCCACGCGAGGCCGACACACCACUAGGCGUAGCUAACCCCUUCCCGUGCACCUAACAUAGGCACUGUGCUUCGAGACGUCGCAGACAACUCACCCGGUCCCAUGCACUCAUGGGGGUGGUGGUAGAGACUGACAACGGCGAUGCAAACACGCACCCAGCCCUGGCCAGAAGCCCAAGGGGCUUGGGAAUCUAUCACGCAUCCCACGUGAGGGUCCCCACGUGGGUGGGCCUGGCCCCGUUUUCCAGGCCAACGUCACUCCAACACUGUUUUCACCCGUAAUCUCAAGCAGGUCCAACCGUGCUGUUUUAAAGGACACAGGGACUCCACGCCCGUGGUCCUCCGUGCCCCUCCUCCUAGGCCACCGGGUGGGCAGAACUCACGCGGGAGCGGGGCCUUCCUAGACAUCGCUGCCAGCCCUGCUACUUGAAGGGAAGCCUCGCGGGGUCCGAGGUGAUGGUUCUCCGGCCCGAGGUGUCCUGGGGACUGUGCCCUCUGUUGUCUGUGGCGAGUCGCGCGCCUCCCAGUAUCUACCCCAUGUAACAGCCGCCAAAUAAACAUUGGUUUUGAACAUUUUUAAACCCCAA